AUGUCAAACCCUGUAGUCCGAUGCAGGGAACUAGAUUACGAAGAAGAAGCGAAAGUCCAUCGCUAUCUAGUGCUGAGGCCGCACUCCCCAAGCAGAAGGAAGAACUUGGCAGUCUCGGAAUUCAGACAUGGCAAGGUUGCUCAGAAGAGGCGGUGGAAAGUUUAUCAUAGGGAAGAAACUAACAACAACCUCCUCUGGCAAGCUCACUAUGCUGAAGUAUUUGGUAGUAGCAGAAACUAUAUAGGGCCGAAAAUAAAGAAGAGUAUAUGCCCUAUUCAGGAAAAUGUGGCUAGUGGAGGAACCGGUGUUGAUUGGAAAGUGGCCUUCCAAAGAGCGUACAGUGGCAAUUGCUCCAAGCGACCAGCAUCUAAAAGGGGAUACUGCAACCAUUACAAAGCAGCAGUUUGGCUUGAUGGUAUGAAAAAUUUCGUCACUGUAAUGAAGCCCAAUGCGAAUCCUAACAAUCACAAAUCACACACAUUACAUCUGAUCAGGCUGUUGCCUAUUUAUUGCAUGGUUUUUUUGUCUCUGUUAUCCUCUUCGGAAUGUGAUAGUGACUCAGAUGACAAAUGCAUUGUGAGCGACACGGAGGCAGAGGCCGAGUCGGCCUAA